AUGUUGAGGGACCACAGAAAGCUAGAGCGGGUAAUAGACCCGAGGCUCGAGGGCCAGUACAAAUCUGAGGCGGCUCAGGCAGCUGCUACUCUAGCCUACAAGUGUCUAAGCCAAAAUCCUAAGUAUAGACCAACAAUGACCGAAGUAGUUAAAGUCUUGGAGUCUAUCCAAGAAGUUGAGACAAGGGAGCGUAAUGGCAACAAAAACGAAGCAAAGAAGUUUGUUGAUAUAAAAAAGUGUAGGCAUUACCGUAAAGGCCAAAGACGAGUGAAUAUCGCUUAUUCAGAUUCUCUCCUAUACAAAGAAUCCAGGGCAAAGCAGAACAAUGGGGUUUGA